GAACAAGAACAUUAACCAGUGUAGUGUGUUGUUUGCACUCGUGCGUUUUAUCGAAACGGAUUUGUUUUCCUUGCAAACUUUGGUAAAAAUGUCAAAACUGGAUAUUUUACAUUCUAAAUUGGCGAAGCGUAUGUCAGUUGUCAUUCGGGAUAUUUUAGAGGAGGUGGGAGCGACGGUGAAGGAUUAUCAGGAGGAAACUGCCCGCGUGCGAACAGAAAACGCAAAGCUCAAACAACAGCUAAAAAAUGUGUUGAGCAGGACAGAGACACAUCUCAACGAGCUUCAAAGUUCUGGUCACCAUUCACUUGCAUUGAACGGACAGACAGAGCUGAGAUAUUCUUCUAAAAAUCUUCAUUUGUGUUCUGCAGAAGAAAGUCAUACACGUCUGGGAUGGCACGAGGUACAAGUCCACCAUGUCUCUCAGGAUAGUCCUGAUGAAGUCUCACCUACAGAGUUCCCAGCAUGUGGGUUUGGGUCCCAAAUGGAAUCAGAAGACCAAGAGGCUCAGCAAACAGAGACCUAUAGCCAGAGUCAAGAUUCAUCUAGCGAAGAGAAGCCAUGCUUGCAAGAUCUGAUUGCAGUCUGCAAGACAGAGGCAGAGGAAAUGGAGUUAAUGACCCUACCCACUGUGGGAACAGAAAAAAUUAAGAUGGAGCCAGAAGACACUAUCGUCACAAUAACAUCAGUAACUACUAAGUGCAACGACUCCGAAACCAAUCACCAGCUAAGGACAGCCUAUAAUGCUUCAACCACGUCGAGGAAAACACGAGGAAGGCAGUUGUAUUAUGCACGACACCCCAAACCUAAGAAGGUUGCAGCAAAAAGGGCAAAAGAUGAUGGGUAUUAUACAUGUAGCAUAUGUGGAAGGCAUUUAAAGGACUUGGAAAAGCUGCAGUUGCACAUGAAAAUGCAUGAAAAAUCCUACAGCUGUCAUUUGUGUGGCAGGGACUUUUUAAAGUUUGACUAUCUUCGGAUGCACAUGCGCACACACACAGGAGAGCGGCCUUACCGUUGCAAGUGGUGCUCAAAGACCUUCAGCCAGAGUGGCAACACAAGAAGACAUGAGCGCACAUGCCAGAGAUCCACUAAAGUAAAAACAGUGCAAACAAUAGAAGAGGCUUCCCUGUUCCAGAUAAUAGACAAGGUUGACACUGGUUCCAACACUCUUUGACUGAAGAGUUUUUAAUACUUUUUCAUGACUUUUCCAGUCAUUUGUGAUUACUGGAUAAGGAUUCUCACUAAUCAUGUCUGGGGAGGAUUUCCAAUUAUGUUAGGUACUGAUCCAUGGGAUUAUUAGCUUUAAAUGAGUAUACACAUUAGUGUACAAAUGUAUCCAGUAAGCCAAAAAAAUAGUAAAUAGAAUCGCAUGUAGCUCAGUGGACCAUUCUGCUUUUCCCAUUGCCCUUACUACAGGGCCAUCCGAUAGUGAUCGCGGGCCCAGUUGCACUGCCCUAAUGACAACCCUGCCUAACCAUUUGAAGACCAUUUUGUGGUAAUAAUGCAUAUUUACUACAGACAUUUUUCAACUUGAGUGUACAAUUUACAGCUAAAUGGCUUAAGGUAAAAUGUGCUGAUUUAACCCUGAGAGACCCAAGCAUUGAUGUUCUUGACAUAUUACUUUUUUUCACCCUUAAACAUGUUUUUAGGAAGCCAAUGAUUAUAAAAAACAAGGUUUAUGCAUGUUUUGCAUUGGGGAGUAAUAUGGAAAAACAUAGCAAAAUUGCAUCACUGGGCAUUUAGGGUUGCUAGAUUUCACAACUGUUUUUUUAAUACAGAAAGUUAAACUUUUCAGUUCACAACACAAUUCAACACACAAAUGUAUAUGACAUUUUUUUUAUUACAACUUGUAAAGGUAAACUCAUAAACAGUUAAUAACUUUAAAUAUUUAAAAUCUUUAAAACAGUAUUCUUUGCAAAAGGUAAUCUGAAUAUUCUUAAAACUUGAAGAGUUUAAAUUUUCCUGUUUUUUUCUUCACCUUUUCAAUUAAAAAUGACUUGUGUGACCAUUUACACAUGAAAAUUAAGAAAACUGUUUUUGUGGUCAUUGAAGCACAAGCGGACAUCACAGUUCAUGCAGGCAGAUGUUGUAAAUCCAUCCUUGCAGUACCUACAUCUGGCUCUUUUUUCUGUCUUCAACGGCAAAUGCCCCACAUUAUCUUGUCGAAUGCUUGGGGGUGGGAUGUUGCAGCGCAUCUUUUUCUCUUUGGGAGCUGAUGACCUCUCUUCAGCUGUGGAUGGUCUGCCUCUCUUUGCAGUAUUGAUCUGAAUGAGGGAGGCAGCCAGCUGUGCCUGGAAGUGCCUCCUUUUCAGGGUGUCUUUUUCUGGGAUUUGCAAGGCUUUACAAUCACGCCUGUACAGCAACCAAGCAUUAACUAUUCCAAGUAUGAUUUUUGCCAGAAGAUAUACAAGUACCAACAUCUGGACCUGAUGUUCAGCUUGUACUAGGCUAUGAAGGAAUCAAGCAAAUCAAUGCCACCCAUGCACUGGUUGUACGCCCUCACAACAGAAGGUCUGUUGACUUCAAGAUAAGAUUUGUGCAUUUGUCCCAAUGCUUAAUCUUAUCUACUGGUUGUGGUACCAGUGAAACCUGGCAGAUUUCUUCUUGCUACGUGCUGAAUCGCCCCUUUCUUCAGAGGAACUAUUCUCACUUUCCUCUUUUUCCUCACUUUGACUUUCUUCCUGUCCUUCCUCACUUUCAUUAGUAAGAUUUCCUUACAUCAUGUUCUGUACUUUCUUUAUCACUGUCCUCUGAUUCAAUUUCAGAAUCACUUGUAUCUCUGUUAACAAUUGCCUCCAACACAUCUGAACUGAAAAACAUCUUUUGUCAAUGGCAUUCUGAAAAGACCUAGAAUAUGCCCUUCUCUUACCAACUGUAUGCAAUGUAACAAAUGUAGUACAAUUUAAAUAAAACAAAUUAAUUCAUGAGACAAUAAUGAGAAAACGGCACAGAAAAGAGCUAAAAAUAAUUUGGAAUAGUUAAUAUAUUAUUUACUGUAUAGGUUCCAUUGUGUGACCACUAAUGCCUAGCGUAGCAUUUAUGCUACACUUAAAAUUUGUGGUUUCAGAUUUAAGGAGGUUGAUCAUUUCAGGGCAUGUAAGCUUUUUUCAAUCACUAAACAUGUUAGGAAUUAAGAAAAAAAAUAUUUGAUGUCAAAUACUUUAAAAAAUAUUAUUAUUUUAAUUUGUUCCAGAAGUGUUAAACUUUGUGUCAGCAAGCUGGAACCCUUUUAUUUUGACUUAAGCAAGCUGUGGCAGUUAAUAUGCAAAUUUUCCCUGCCAAAACUGAUGUAGUGAGAAAGCUCUGAGUGUCAGCUACUGUUAAGUGUAGUUUUUACCAGUAUUUAAUGAAAAUGAGGUAUUAUUUGAUUGUUUCGUAGAAACUUUGCAAUUCUGCUACACUGGGUCUCUGAGGGUUAAAGGUGCACACAGUAAUUUUGGUGUUUAUGUCAUCUUGGACUUAUACUGACAGCUAGAGGUGUGGAUAAAAAAAAAAAAAUCAUUCAAAUGCAAUAGUUUUCAAUUACCGAUGCCAUUGUAGAAAAACAUUCAGUCAGCCAUAAUUACUUAAAUCCAUGAAUGAUGCAGUUUCUUAAUUUCCAUAACUUGCUAUGUUUUCCAAGGCAGUUGGAAUCCUGUUGAAAAGGAGAGAUUUACUCAAAUAUUUAUAAGUUUUUUACAGAUCAAUAUGGUAGACUGCACACAAAAAAUUUACUUAAAAAAAUAAAUUACAUAGCAGGGCUCCAUACUGUGACUAAAAUGGUAGCAAAUGCGAGCAAAAAUAAAUGAUUGCGACAAUAUAAAAUCUAGUCGCCAUGUGCUUUCAUAUGCGGUUUCGUCAGAUAUCAUCUUGCGAGUUAUUGAAUACAUCUUUAGAGUGCCAGUGUGUCUCGUGGUGCUUUUCACCCUUUCUGUUGAUGAUAUGAGCUUGCUGGCUGCACGCAACAAAAAACAGCAUGAGCCGUGAUGUCCGAUUUGUGAACAAAUGACUCUUUUGAACCGGGUCUUUAUAAUGAAUCACCCGACAAGAACUCAUUUGAACUCAGGAGCUCAGGUUAGCAGUUUGAACUCGGACACUUUCUCAGCGAAUCAGCCGUCAGUGAGUUCACAACUGGGAGCACAGACAUUUCAAAAUAGUAGUCCAAUGUGUAUUUCAGGCUUGUUUAUGUCCCAUGUUAUGUACCAAAUCUUUUUUUUUUCUGGUUUUCCUGGUUAUUAUUGAUUGGGAUUGGAGUAGCACAAUAAACUGCAUCUGGGAUUUCAUUCA